CACACUUUUUGGUCUAAAGCUGCUGCCAUUCCACGAGAUUGUCUCCUUGAGAGCACAGCUGUAAGGCUGUUUCGUCCGUUUUGAAAAGUCCAUUUCUCUGUUUUUCUUGCAUCUAUUUGCACAUUCUUUGAGUUCUUUUUGGAAAAAGUAGUUGACUUCGAGUUCUUUUAGACUUUGCUUUCUUCUCUGAAUCGUCUCACGGAAAUACGUGAAAGACGUCAUCUUGUUUUGGAGCAAUGUUGUCGGCAUCAGAUAGUAGUCUUCAUCAUUCUCAUUCGUUAUUAAAGAAGCGGGAUAUCACUUUAAAACCAGAAUAUUCCGAUAAAAAAAAGCCUUUUAACUUUUCAAAACAGCUGCUGUUAAACUACGACUGGCUGGGAUGGAUCUCUGUGAUUUUAACAUUCUUCUUAAGCAGGGACUAUUCGGGACUUGACAGUAGACUGUUGACGAUAAACCCAUUUUUUCUCCUCACAAUACUUCUUUUUGUUGCUUUCACUACUCAGUACUUGGGUAUCUGUUCAGAAAGCUACCGCGAGUUUCGAGUCGUGAAUGUCAUAUCGAGUGCUUUGUCCCAGACUUUUAUCAUUCUUGGCUCGAGCAGGCUUGAAGUCCUGCUCUGCAUAGCCACAUUUAGUUGUGUGCAUCAUCUAUUCUCUGAGCAUUUCAACCUUGGUGCUACUAGUAAACACCAAGUUGAAAAACUAUUGCUGUCGUUGAGCUUGUUUGGCUUUACUCUCGCUUUCCAUCUCAUAAAAACACAUUCGUUCUCAUCCCUAUUCGGCAUUAGCUGUUCUUAUGCAUAUUUAUUUCUAGGAGCCCUCAUUAAAUUCGUUUCUACAUUGAAAUUACAGCUUUCAAAGAUUCAGCAAAUUUCUCUGUUCCUACUUCCCGCUCUUAUUUGUGUGCUCUGCCAACUAAACUAUCUCCCAAAUGGAAACAUUACCUUACCCGUAAUCCCCCUUUCCUUCCUAUGCAUACUUCAGGUGUCAGCUAUGAGCUGGCAACCAUUUAAUCGUAUCUACAAACGCAUGAACCGUACCCAUGUAUCUUUCUUCGUCGUUUUCUUCCUUAGCGCUUUAUCUCUUGUCGUGGAUACGAACAACUCCAAUGUUCUUCUGCGACCAUGCGAAUUCAUUUGUGCACUUGUGCUCUUUGGGCCCGAAAUUGAGUUCGAUACCAACAUCUUUGGAAACUAUAAGAGAUUGCGUUUCGCAUAUCGAUUCAUUGAAAGUAUCCUGGAAGAAAAAGAAUCGCGCAGCAUUUUUUAUUUCUUUCUUCUGAAUGCCACCUACAUGAUAGUGCAGAUAGUUUAUGGUUUCUGGUCGAAUUCACUUGGACUAAUUACUGAUGCUAUUCAUAUGAUGUUUGAUUGCAUUGCCGUUCUUGUUGGUCUUAUUGCAACAGGUCUGGCCAAGCUGCCUUCUUCUGAUAUGUUUCCCUUUGGUUUUGCCAAAAUCGAAUCUUUGUCGGGUUUCACGAAUGGUAUUUUUCUACUCUUGAUAUCAAUCUCUAUUGUCCUGGAGGCAGCCUUCCGUUUAUUCUCUCCACCUGAAAUGAGAACAGAACAGCUUCUUACUGUGAGUAUUAUUGGCCUAUUGGUGAACCUAGUUGGUUUGCUUUCUUUCAGUCACGGCCAUGCACAUUCUCACGGACACGGAUCGUGCCCUCACUCUCAUCACAAGCCUCACGAUUUUGCCCUCCCAAACACGAACAAAGACGCAUGUGUGCAACCAUUUGUGCGCGAAAAUAGCCUUGAUGAAACCGAACAAGAACAUGAGCACGAACAUGAUCACGAGCAUGAUCACGACGAACAUUCUGAUGAAGAUGAACACAAUCACGAUCACGACUUAAGUCAUAAUCAUAUUCACGAAACGCAUGCUAUACACAACCACUGUCACUCGCAUUCCGAACACAGUCAUCACCAGGAUUCAAACAUGCGCGGCAUUUUAUUACACAUCAUGGCCGAUACAAUGGGAUCUGUUGGUGUGAUUGUUUCUACAAUUUUAAUUAAGUGGUUUGGCUGGACCGGCUUUGAUCCCAUUGCUUCCAUUCUGAUUGCCGUUUUGAUUUUUGUAUCGGUACUUCCUCUAAUUACUUCCUCUGCAAAAAACCUAAUUCUUUACGCUGAUCCUGGAGUUGAGUACUCAUUAAAGCAAUGUCUCUCCGAUUUAUCAGUCUCGCAUUCUAUCGUGAGCAUUUCUAACCUUAAGUUUUGGUCUGCCAGCAACGGCGACGUUAAUGGUAUUCUACACGUUCAGGUUGGAGUGGAUGGAGACCUUAGUAAUGUACGAGAUGCUGUUGAAACCAAAUUGAGAUUGGCAGUCCCCACUCUGAAGCAGUUAUUCGUACAAACAGAACGUCCAAACACCUGCUGGUGCGGAAAAUAAUACUACAUUUGUGACAUAUUUCUGAUACGUAUUUAAGUGACAGAUAAACAUUUUUAUUCUAUAAUGUUUUUAAUGAAAGCGAUUCUAAGAACACACCCAAGUCCGAUUUUUUGCAUUCAAUAACGCUAGCUUCAAAAGAGUCCAUUCUAAUUUUUGCAGACGUCAUGUUUGCGACCUCUUGGAAAGCAAGUCCAAACUUGUUGUGGCCAUGACCAUCAUCUUCAUCUUUUGAUGAAAAUGUAGAAGUGCUUGUGCCAACUAUAAGGUAACUGUCUUUCUCUUCUUGUAGAGCAGCUAAAACCAGCGGGAGAUGUUUCAAUUUACCCAUCUCUUUUUCUUGUUGCUAGAUAUUGUUAAUACAGACUUUCGAAUAUACUA